GUUUUGAGCACUAAUUAACGCAGUGCGUCAGAUUGUUAUGUACUCAUCGUGAGAUUCCGGCUCUGGAGUCACAACAGAAUGUAUCUCAAGCGCGUCCACUACAUUUGUGCUCUGCUGUCACUAGUAUUGCCAUCGAGCUACGCGGAAUUUCCUCUACUCUUUCCGGCCUCAUCCGUGUACCAGGUUACCUCCUCUCUUUCCGUUCCCGUGGUUAUACCCGAUCGUAAGCUCUUCUGGGACUGGGGCCUCCAGAUGAACUAUGCUUUUCCCAACAAGCCCGCGUCCUUCUAUGCCGCCACCAUCUGGCCAGAUGAGUUCUCGCGGCGUGGCAAGCGUCAUGUGCGUAAUGAGACCACAAAAUACAUGCCCCACGGCAGCACAACAGAUAUGCAUCCCAGCGACUUCACGGCCGGGGAGCUGUACGAGAGCCUGGAGAGUAUGCUCUCGCGCUAUGGCUUCGACGAGACCUGUCUGCUGCGCAGUGUUUGUGAGCUAGCCCGGCACCCCUUCGACGAUUCUCACCAGAACAUGCUGACGGGUCUGCUGACCUUUACAUUGACGCCAUCCCUGCAUGAGGCUUUUGCUCCCAGCGAGACCCUCUAUAGGGCAGUAUACGAGCAUGCCGAGCAGCAGGGGUUUCUGGGUCAGGAUUGUGCCAGUUUGUAUCCCAAUUGCACGGUGGACUUUCUAAGCGGCAUAAGCAGACUGCUAAGCUAG